UGGAGUUGGGAGCUCACCAUCCACUGACCCAGCAGCAAUGGAAUGAAUCCACGACAAGAAUGGCUGACGAUAUGAUGGUCGCCGCGUCACCAAUACCAUAGCAUCAUUGGUCAUUUAAAGCUGAAUGCGUCCCAUGGUCGUAUCAUGAAGGACGAAGCCAACACAGUCAUCAACCCCCAGACCAACUCAGAGCCAUUCGUGGCGGCCGCUCCGCCAUCAACAAGUCCAUCAUGAAAGGGGUUAGCCUCGAACUCGGCCGCAUGGCACGCGCCAUGGCUUCCAUCACCCAGAAAUGGGACGCCAUCCAUGUGGCCGGUACCAACGGGAAGGGUUCUGUGUGCACGUAUCUCUCCGCCCUCUGCCAACGCUUCAAGAUCGAAAACGGCCUCUUCACCUCGCCCUACCUAGUAGAGCCGCGCGACGCCAUCAAAACCAACGGUGUCCCCAUAACGGCGCAAAAGUACAACCAGCUCCGCCAACAGGUGCUGGAUGGCCAAGCGCGACGCCAGUCGCAACAAUCCACCCACCCCGUUCUCGAGGAGCAGUCUCUGUCUUCUCUCACCGAGUUCGAAAUAGGCACGCUCGUAGCCUUUUCUGCCUUUGAUGAUGCCAACGUCGCGACUGGCAUUGUCGAAGUCGGACUUGGCGGUAGGCUAGAUUCCACCAAUGCCUUGGCCAGGAAGAAAGUCACCGUUAUCACCAAAAUCGGUCUGGAUCAUCAGAAGCUCUUGGGCGACACCUUGCCGCUGAUCGCGCAAGAGAAGGCCGCUAUCAUGAGGACCAGCGUCCCGUGCGUUGUAGAUGGGAGCAACCCGCCCGAGGUUCUCGACGUAUUUGCCAGGCACGCUUUCGCCGUGGGCGCUCCGCUUCAUGUGACUACGGAGCAGGAAGGUCUCCUAGAAGAGCUCUCUCAGUCUGACAUCAUGCCUCACCAGGCGCAGAAUAUGGCCUGUGCCAUCACCGCUUUCCGCUUGGCGUUCCCGGAGCUUCGCCUGUCCAUCAGUGAUGCGCUACCCCUCUUGAAAGGCACCACUCACUUGGGGAGGCUGUCCUGGAUAGAGGUGAAACUUGACCCCCAAGACUCGGAAGAGGCGAAGAGGAUCCUCAUCGACGGCGCACAUAAUCCUCAAUCCGCGGAGACGCUGGCUACCUUUGUGGAGAGUCGAGUUAGGCAGAACGCCGGCCAAUCUAUCACCUGGAUCGUGGCCGUCUCCAAACAGGACGGCAAGGACGCCGCGGGUAUGCUCCGUACGCUCGUGCGUCCAGGUGACAGUGUGGUCUGCGUGGCGUUCAGCAGGAGGCCCACCAUGCCUUGGGUUGAGCCCGUCAAGCCUUCGUCGCUGCGCGAAAUUGUGACAAAGCUAGGUGUUCCAUGUCUGAGUUUUGAGGAGUCGGGUGAAGGCGAAGGUAGAGGGUCUUUGGCGGCGGGUAUCGCGGAGGUGAUCCGACGGGACGGGCCUGUGGUUCUGACUGGCAGCUUGUAUUUAGUGGGAGAUGCGUACCGAUUGUACGACCGGUCCCUUUGAUUCCAAACGAUGAGGCUUUCUAGACGGGAAUCGAUUAUUUUCGGAUGGAGAUCGGCAAGGUGGACUGUCGUCACGAGAAACAUGCGGUCCGUGAAGGUCGUCGUUCUGCCCAUCCCUUGGGCUCCGAAAAAGACUUCCAAGCCUUGUUUUUUCAUAAGCCAUUGUUCAUCUUGAAAGAGACACCCGUCCCAUCGGACCGUAUGCUAUUGAAUGCAAGAAACCAGAGUCCUUCUGUAAUUGAACUGGCUACCUCGUGUCAGCCAGCGCGUUCUCGGUCUCUGGCGGUGAUGUCUUUCUUGUCUCUUCGAACGGGGUGCCUCAAGAU